CUUUUAUUUAUAAUUCGCGACAAGAGUGAAAAAAGAGAACCACAAGAGAAUAUGAUUGCAUAGACAGACGAUUUGGCAUGUGGCCAGUCUUUCUCAAAAUUCCACCCAUAAAGUUUGCCUGUUCAAAAUCCCAUUCUCAAAUAUUUUCAAGCCACCCGAGAGAAGCACCCAUGGAGGAGUGUAGGAAUAUCUUCCUGAAUGUGAAUUGAUUGGGAAAUCAGCAAAUUGCCUCUCAUCCGCCCUACCUACAAUUUCACUCAUGUGAUUUCUAUGGUGAAAUUCGAGGCGCAGAGUCAAUAGAAUUGAAGGUGAAGCAAAUUCUCGAAUUUGAUAUAAAUAGACGCCAAAAAGUGAGAAGGAGUUUUUACACAGUCAAAUAAAUAAUCUAAUUCUGUGUACUGUUUGCUAAGACACAGUGAAAGUGCAAUAAAUCCCGAAGGUUUACACUUUGCAAUGGAGUAGAGGAGAAUUUUUCUAGUGCUGAAGAUGGUGUCGAUUCCCUCGGCCACAUCGUCCAAAAAGUUCAACAGUGCCUCCGAUCAGAUGUUCUCCGAUUCAAUCCUUCAAGCAAGCAUCUUGAGCGACUGCCCAGAAAAUAACAAUUUAGAGGUGGAGUGGCGCGAGAAGGCGGAGAAGGAGCUCGGAGAGUCAUAUGAGAUCUCACGGACUGCACUUAAGCAAUUCAGACACUUGUUGAGAAUAAAUCGCGAGAAUGUGCCAUUCGGUUGGCGGGAUGAUGCGUUUUUACUGCGUUUCCUGCGCGCCAAGAAGUUCGACGUCGAGAAGGCGUAUCGAAUGACUGUCAAGUAUUUCCGCAUGAAGCAGCAAUCACCGGAAUUGUUUAGAGUGUCUCCUCCCACGGAGGUGCGUCACAUUCUCGAGAUGCAGAUGCAGUAUAUGAUCCCGCAGAGGGAUCCCUGCGGCAGACAGGUGUUCAUCUUCCGUGUGGAAAAAUGUGAUCCCUAUCGGUGUUCUGUGGAGAACGUCUUCCGCACCAAUGUCUUGAGCCUGGAGAGUGUUGUCCGGAGUGCAGAGACGCAAAUCGCUGGACUGGUAGUGCUGCUGGACAUGUCUGGAGUGAGUCUUGGGCACAGUCGCUUUCUCUCGCCACAGCUGGCCAGGCACACUGUCGAGGUGGUUCAGGAUGCCUUCCCUCUGCGCUUCAAGGCAUUCCACAUCCUCCACGAGCCCUUCUACUUCGACGCCAUUCUCGCCGUGCUGAAGCCUUUUCUGCGCGAAAAGAUCCGGAAGAGGAUUUUUCUACACGGCAGCGAUUUGGCGUCACUCUAUCGAUUUAUUCCACAAGAUAUCCUUCCCAGGGAGUACGGAGGAUUCCAGCCGCCCUAUGACAACACCGCGUGGCGUCAGGAGAUCCUUGACAGCGAGGCGUACUUUGCAGACUUGGAGAACUAUCAGAUUCAGGAGGAGACCACCACGCCGAAGAUCGAGGUGUGUCCCAGGGAGCCAGAGAAUAUUGAUUAUCUCGAUGACGAAACGGAAGACAGUGAGUUUGAGGAUGCCACGUACUUCCUGGAGGAACCUCCCAGUGAAAGGAUGAACUUGUAGCUUUUCCUCGCCUUCAGCGCCAUGCCCAGCGCUCUUGCGGUCAAAGCCAAUUGCAAAAUUACUCAGUGAGCUUUUUAUCUGGAAAUUGCACGCAAUUGUGCUAUUUUUUCCCUCGACUCGUGACGCCAAACAAUUGCAAACGGAGCUAAGCCUAGGGCGGGAGGUAAUUGUUACGUCUAGAGAGCAUAUGCAAGAAAAGUGGAAAAGCUGAGAAAUUCAUCUAGAAUUUUAUCAACCGAUACGUGUGUGGAAAUCGCGUGAAUAUUCAAAUCAAUUGUGCAAACAGCGACCUUACACUCAAACUCAAAGUGCAAAAGAUCUUUAUUUCUAUACAACUCGCUAUACUGAAGUGAAAAGAUUGAUAAAUAUAUUUUCUAUCAGCAAUACUUUGAUGAUUUUUAU